AUGUCAUGGUAUACGCUUUGUAAGGUUUCAGAGACACACACUAGCGUCUUUCGAGCAUCUUCGUCGUGUCAGCGUCCUCACAGCGUCGACGCGACGCCAGCGCUGGCCGGGUACUGCAAGCUUUUUGCUGGUGUCGCGUUCGUGAAAAACGUUGCGCUGGCGCCGCGUAAUCCCGGAGCGUUCGGCACGUGGCCAGCGCUAGCGUCACGUCGCCGCGGCGUCGACGCUGUGCGUACGUUGAAAGACGCUAGCGUGUGGGUCACUAAGGGGUUCACAGUCGAAACUGACGACUCCUAUAAUAUAAAACAUACGGGAGUAACAAGUCAGUAG